GCUUCCAUCGCGCGAUUGAUUUCAAUCUAAUUCCAUAUGGCUGCAGCCGUGAAAGACAGGGAGGCGUUGUACAAGCUAAUAAUCAGUCAGCUGCGAUACGAUGGAUACGAGAACGUUGCGUCAAGUCUCGUGAAAACAGUAGCUGGAAGUCUCACGACGUGCGCUCCAUCGUCUCGUCUGGCACAUAUAGUUAGUUUGGGACAAAAAGCUGAAGGAGAAAGUGGUUAUGGUAAUGUUAGCUCUUCAUCAUUACCAACACCUUCUACCAGUGGUAUAGAUUUGGAAUUUGGGCACGACAGCUCACUGAAUGUACCACCGAUUUGCGACUACGAGACUAUAUCAAUUAUUCCUCACAAGGGACAGUGCACAGCUGCAACUUUCAGUCCAGAUGGUCGUUUGGCUGCAACUGGUUCCUAUGAUACAUCAAUCAAGAUUAUUGAUGUUGAGCGUGCUGUUGCAAAAGGUAGUCAGGGAGCACAGCACGAUUUGUACCCAAUUGUUCGGACAUUGUAUGACCAUAUGGAGUCUGUUACUUGCAUUGAGUUCCAUCCCAUGGCUCCAUUCAUAGCAUCCGGGAGUGACGACUGCACAAUCAAGUUUUUUGAGUUUACGAAACCGUCAGUGAAGAGAGCAUUUAGAUUUAUUCAAGAAGUAGUUCCAGUCCGAUGUAUGGCAUUUCAUCCAAGUGGCGAUUUUUUGGUAGUUGGCACCGAACAGUCAACUAUUCGUUUGUAUGACGUAAACUCACUGCAAUGUUUUGUAUCAUCAAAUCCCAGAGAUCAACACACCGGACCAAUUACAUCGGUAAAGUAUACUCCAACUGGCAAACUGUAUGCAACAUCGAGCAAGGAUGGCUCGGUGAAACUAUGGGAUGGUGUCAGCAAUCGGUGUGUUAAUGUGUUUCCAAAUUCACAUGGUACUACUGAGGUAUCUUCGGUUGCAUUUUCAAAAAAUUCCAAGUACUUGCUGACGUGUGGGAAGGACUCGUUGGCUAAUCUGUGGGAAAUUUCUACUGGUCGAAUAAUUAACAGCUAUAAGGAUGCUAUGCAGAGUCACUGCAGGUCUCAAGCUGUAUUUAAUCACACUGAAGACUGGGUAAUCAUGCCUGACGAGAAGACCUCCUGUGUGCACAGUUGGGACUCAAGAACCGCCGAAAAAGCGAACCCUCUUUCGUCAGGGCAUUCGUAUCCGAUUCGAUGCAUCGUUCAUUCUCCAUCACUGCCAGCAUUUAUCACCUGUAGCGAUGACCAUCGUGCUCGAUUUUGGUGCAACUUGCGUUCUCUACAGUAACGUUCAACAGACUGUACAAAAAUAUAGAGAUUCGAUGUAUACCAAGUUAGUGUAAUGUAUAAUACAGUAGGUUGGGUAUAUCUUGA